UCAGUCAGUGUCCGCCACUGUCUUGCUCGGCAUCCUGGUCGACGUCCUCAUGCUUCUUCAGCCUGACACCGCCCAGCCCAAGACACACGGCCAUGAACGAGCCAUCCACACGAGGGUGUCGAUCCCAAGGAGGCCUGCCAGCCGCCUCCAUGAGCACCAUACACACGCACCUCUGCCGGAGUGACUUUAUCUCUUCGUUUUUCUUCUGCAGCAUCGACUGCACACACGCACACACAAAGAUGCGCACGCACUCUCGUGCAGGAUAUGACACCCCGCCUCGCCUCUGUGUUGGUGCUCACCUUGAGCUGUUUGACGGGUGCCGACUCUGAGAGGCGCCUCUGCUGGUCGGCCUGCAGAUCGGCCAGGGCUGCGUCUUUGGCUGACAGCAACGCCUGAACCAAACAAACAGCGUGUAGUACUGCUAGGUGCUUCCGUACCGCCACGAGUGCGGCCAAACAAACAAACGUGCCUUUGUGUCGUUGAGCGAUUUUUCGAUCUCCUCCAUCUGUGCCCUGCCAGCCGGCUGCAUCAAUUGGCCGGCAUACGCGACACCCAUCCAUCCAUCCAUGUGUGUCGGUCGGCGUGCCGCGCGCUGCGUACCUCGCCCUCGAUCUCUUUGAACUUCUUCUUGAGUAUCUUGAAGUUGCCCUUGACCUUGUCGAGCUCCUCCCCCAUCGCCGACCGCUCCUUCAGCAGCUCAGACAACUGCACACACUCACAGGGGACACACAGCAUGUGUGGGUGGGUGAGUAGGGGUGUGUAGGUGUUUCUUUGCCUGCUGCUGCAUCUGCUGCUGCCUGUCGAUGAGCUGCUGGUUCUGAUCCCUCGCCUCCUGCAGCUCAUGCAGGGCCGUCGGCGAAUGGCCAGAGGCCCCAUGCGCUGCCUGACCGUCAUGCAGACAGACGGACAGACAGACAGACCGGCAGACAGACAAUGUGGUCAAGAAAGAGGGUAUCCUUCUUUGUUGCUUACCCCCAGCACCGGCAAAUGUCCUCGCUUGGCGGCGCCCUGCACACAUUACACACAUGGAGGUACACUGACGGGCGCAUUGGACGCUGCAUGUCCUGUUGAUAUGUGCAGCCAUGCAGUUACGUGUUCGUGUACGUGUGCGUCACCUCACCGAGGUGAGGUCGAGUUUUUUGAGGGCCGCGGUGGCCGAGGCGGCCUCACCCAACGCAGCAACCUCCUGCACACGAUGCCUGAACAGAUAGAUAAAGCACUACACGCGUGUCUGUCCCUCCCUCCCUCCCUCCCUCCCUCCCUCCCUGUGUGUGUGGGUGUUGGCAUCAGCCAGCUACGUACUGGUCUUCAGCGAGUGCGGUGUCGGACGAGAGUUGGACGGCCUGCUGCUGUGCGGCAGUGCACAGCUGCGCGAAGACGACGCCCGAGAGGUUGGCCAGGCUCUCCAGCUCCUCGCGCACCAGCUCCUUCAGCCGCUCACUUAACGCACCCAGCAUCUCCUCGGCCUAAUAGAUGGAUAGAUGGAUGGAUGGAUGUGUCUGCGAGUGAAGGACUCUCGGGAAGAACGUACGUCUUUCUUGGUGAAGACGUCAUCGAUGCACCUGCCAACCGAACAGACACGCACACAGGCGUAUCACAUCUAUCGUGCCGCCCAGCAACGCACCUUUCGUCCUUGACGUCGUCGGUGGUGUCUGUGACCUCUUUGAUGAAUCGAUCUCGCCUGCCCUUGCAGUGCAGCAGGUAACGCUGCAGCUGCUCACGGUGGCUCUCACUCAACUCCAUUUUUGGCUUUUCUUCACCAUCGGGUUUUGGGUUCGGAACCCUGGACCCCAU